CGCCUCCGUGUGGUUUGCGGGAGAACGGGUGGAAUUUACCAAGCAAUGUUUUUCUCGCAGCAGAGACUGGAUAACAAGCCAUCGGAUCAGAUUUGCUUUUUCAAGCCGUGUCAAGACACAGUUAACGCGGUGCACGCGAGUGGGGCGACUCGGCAGGAGAAUUGGGUUCGAUCCGGGACGAGGAAAUGAGUUUUGACCUCCGUUGCUGCUUCUUUCUCGUCAUGGAGUCAUCGGGUCGGAGUUUGAGGGCUCCGCUGGUGCCCGUGGAUUAACGCAAAAGACUCGACUGCGCUGUGAUGAUCUCUCCGUUGAAGUGUGAAUUUGUGGACUAUAACCCCGCUUUAAGUGGGAACAAUUACGUGCGCAGAAGAGCUUUUUCUCUCCCCGUCAUCGGAGAAAGUCGACACUGAGCGAGUCCGGAUAAGACCAGAGGACACUUGUUGAAAUACAAUUUAGCGAGAAAAGCUUUGCUCCAUUGCUUGGGAACUGAGCUAACCUUGUUAGCAAGGUAUUCCUUUCACGGGGCAUUCUACUUAAACAGAAGAGCUAAAUAACUUCACCGAAACGUACACAGAUAAAGGUCUUAUAACUAAAGUUGGCAGAAGUCUGGCGUCAACGAGUUGACAAAGUGUUUUUGCGGAAAAUGUUCGAAGCAGGAUUUGACAGCGAUUUUGCUAACGUAGCUACUAGCUCUCCGUCCACCUCCAUAUUAUGUUGUUAGCUUUGACAGCUAACGCGAGGUCUACGUCAAACUCGUACAAGUGGCUCAUUGGCAAUGUGUCAAUAUGAAGUUGUGUCGUACCAUUAACUUGUUUUUUGGGCACACCUCCGUCAGUGAAAGUCGCUUAUUUCAACUUUAAGGCAUUUGAUAUUUGGAAAUAUACCAUUUAAAAAUUGAUUGCGCAUUUUACUCGGUUUCGACACAUUUUUAUGUUCAACCACUUGGAACGUGCGAUAUAUCUGGACUUUUUCCAAUGGAGUGCCCAAUGAGAGACCUUGAAAAAUAGAUUUCGAGCAACAGCCGCCCACGCUUGUGUUCCAAAGUAGCUGAAGUUGUAAAACGAUGUCCGGCUCCCCGGGCACAGGGGGUUCGAACCCCAGGAAGUUCAGUGAAAAGAUUGCGCUGCAUAACCAGAAACAAGCAGAAGAGACGCGGGCCUUCGAACAGCUGAUGACGGAUCUCACUGUCUCAAGGGUACAAUUCCAGAAGAUCCAGCAGCUCCGUUUGUCUCAGCCACGACCACAAUAUUAUGGAGGCUCUUUGCCCAAUGUCAAUCAGAUUGGCAACACAAGCAUUGAAUUUCAGGGAGGCUUUCCAUCGGGAUUGGAUACUGUAAGAGGUAAUCGUCACCAUGGACUGGUCGAGAGGGUCCACAGGGAACGUAACCGGAUCAACUCUCCCCAUCGCAGACCCAUUGAUAAGCAUGGGCGGCAGCUAGAGAGUUCUCCAUAUGGAACAGUGUACCUCUCCCCACCUCCAGACAACAACUGGAGAAGGGAUCAGCCCCCGUGGAGUGAGGAAAAGCGGCCUGGGUAUAGAUUAAUAUCACAACUCAACAGAACCAACUCAGACUCUGCUCUUCAUACAAGUGCUAUGAAUCCAAACCCUCAGGACCCCUUCAGCGUGAACCAGCAGAUGAGUCGAGGUCCCCCACAGCGCAAUGGCUGGCAUGCAGCUAGUGUUAAUGAGGCAGAAGUGGAUCGGUCUGGAGACGUCUUUUCUUUCCCUACCCUACCUAAUGAGGAAGGUCUCAUAGGCGUCAGUAAGCCCCUCCCCAAGCAGCUGUGGGAAGCCAAAAAGGCCCAGUCUCUUGCAUCGAGGCCAAAAUCAUGUGAAGUGCCUGGCAUCAAUGUUUUUCCAUCACCGGAGCAAAACCCUGGUCUCUCCCAUUAUCAGGGCUCAUUAAAUACAGGAGGCUCCCUACCCGAUCUCAGCAACCUUCACUUCCCGUCCCCUCUCUCAACUCCAUUGGACCCCGAGGACAAUGGAGGAUACCCCAAUCUCAGCGGAGGUAGCAGCACUGGAAAUUUGCCAGCUGCUAUGAUGCACCUUGGCAUUAGCAAUUCACAGGGCCUUUCUUCUUCUUUGAGUAAUCCCACAAUACAAGCAUCCCUCAACAACUGCCAGCUACAGUCUUCGCUUAGCAAUCCCUCCAUAAAUUCUUCUCUGCGUCUUUCUGGAAACUCCCCUCGGCGAAGACCAGCACCCAUUAGCCCUCUUACCCUUUCUCCUGGUGCUGAGCAGCGCCGGGGUCUCUCCAAGCAGCUGUCUCCCACCAUGUCCCCAUCAUUGUCCCCCAUCACACAGGGAGUUGCUUUAGAUACCAGCAACAUGCCAAGGGAGCCACCUCCUCCCUAUCCACUUUACCAGCAAUCACAACAUGCAGUGGACCAGGCACGUCAGUGCCAGCAGCAGCACCAGCAUCAACAUCAGCCUGUUCCCCCUCUGCAAAGCAUUACACUGGACUUUAACCCAAACCAACACAACAAUAUGGCAGCCCUCUUCAGUGACUCAUUUAUGGAGCAGCAGUAUUCGGGUCGUCACAACAAAACCUUCCCUUACCAGUUGGACCAGUUCAGUCUGUUGGAAAAUGCCAUGAGCUCCACAGCAGGUGGGCCUUGCCUCGACCCUUCCUCGUCUUCUCUCUACUCCUCCCAGGCAGCCGUCACGGGGCUGGGUGGGAGCCAUGGCAACCUGCAUGACCCCAUGCACAUGGCUUCAAAUAUGCUGUACUCCAACUGCAGUGGAGGGUUGCCCAACAUCAUACUUACUGAUGAGUCCAAUCCCAGUCUUUCAAAGGACAUCAGUAGCGUUCUGUCGACGGUGCCAGAGUGUUUCGACUCGGAAGGAGGCUUCCCGCUGGAAGACGAGCUGCACAUCGAGCCCCUCAGCCUGGAUGGUCUGAGCAUGCUGAGUGAUCCCGACAUGGUGCUGCCAGACCCGUCUGUAGAAGACACGUUCCGCAGUGACAGACUCUGAGUGGGACAUUUUAGUCUCCAUUCAAGCAAAUGUAAACACACACAGACACAGUCACAUUUGCAGUAGAAAAAGCAAAGUGCAUGAAUCCGAAUAUGCAUGUAUUCAAUGCAUACAUGUACACAAACACACACACUUUAAGUUAAAUGUUAAAGAGACCUGGUUUACACCUGCAACAAUCAAAGAUAGCGUCACACUUAACCCUUUAUAGAGCACGUGUCCCCAACUCCAUAAAGACCUUGUGUUCACAUAUGUGGACGUUAGGGAUGUCACAGAUCCAGUCACAAAAAUUGGGCCAAUAGGGCCAUUUUUCAGAGGAUCGAAAUCAGAGAGACAGCUAGAACGAAAAUUGAUAUUUGCCAUAUGGCAUUUUUUUUUGCCCUGUGACAAAAUGGAUUUUGCCAUGUGGCAUUUUUUUUGCCAUGUGGCAAUAUUGAUUUUGCCAUGUGGCAUUUUUUUGCCAUGUUGCAAAAUGGAUUUUGCCAUGUGGCAUUUUUUCUUUCCCAUGUGGCAUUCUUUUUGCCAUGUUGCGUUUUUUUUUUUUUUUUUGCCGUAUGGCAAAAUUGAUUUUACCGUGUGGCUUUUUUUUUGUCUUGUGGCAAAAUGGAUUUUGACAUGUGGCAUUUUUUUUGGUAUGUGGCAAAAGGGAUGUUGGUUUUGUGGCAUUUUUUUGGGGUGUAUGGCAGUUUUGCAGGCCAUGCACGUCCAUGCCAUUGACGGCUAUGCACGUCCAAAUUUUCCAUUCAUAUUAAAUAGCAGAAAAACGUGUGGCUGUGAUUUUUGACCAUGCAUUUCAGCGUCAUCAUUACAGCGCAUUAACAUUCAACUGGCAACCAAGUCAGGCUAUGCCAUUGACGGCUAUGCACGUCCAAAUUCUCCAUUCAUAUUAAAUGGAAGAAAAACGUGUGGCUGUGAUUUUCUACCCCCGAAAAAAUGCCACAAACCAAAAUCAAUUUUGCCACAAACCAAAAAAAUGCCACAUGUCAAAAUACAUUUUGACUCAUGUCAAAAUACAUUUUGCACAUUGCAAAAAAAAAAAAAAAAUCCAAAAUACAGUUUGCCACAUACCAAAAAAAUGCCACAUGGCAAAAUCAAUUUUGCCACAUGGCAAAAAAAAAAAAAAAAAAAAAUGCCACAUGGCAAAAUCAAUUUUGCCACAUGGCAAGUAUCACUUUUGGUUCUCGGCCCUACUGCGAAAUCGGAUGAAAAGGAUAAGGAUUCAAGUUUUUAAAAAAUAUCCAUAUACUUUUUUUUUUUUUUUUUUUUUUACGGACUAAAAAGAAUCAAAAUAAUUCAGAAAUACGAUGACAUUGCCAAAGGAAACAAAAAUAGAGUGGUACCUCUACAACAAAUUUAAUUAAUUCCAGGACCUGGUUUGUAAGUCGAAAUGGUGUUGAGCGGGAUUUUUCCAUAAGAAUACAUUAUAAUUCGAUUAUUUGUUCCACAGCCCAAAAACCUACGCUAAAUCCUUAAUAAAUACUGCUGGUACAGUAAAAAAAUAGCAAUUACGCAUGGAAAAACAAAUACAUUAUAAAUACAAGUCGGAAUAAUAAUAAUAUAACAAAUCUGCUUCUAAUGUGGCGGUUGUGUUUUAGAGAUAGUGUAAAGCGCUUUGAGCGCCUUGAAAGGUGGAAAAGCGCUAUAUAAGUAUAACACCAUUUACCAUUACCAUUUACAUGCUGUUUCUGAACGUGUCUUGUGACUGACAAGAGAGAGGUGUGGUAGAGAGGGAAGUUUUUACUUUUUUUCAUGUUGUUGUUGGUGUCGGACAACGGCAGACAGUAGCAGUGUUUUUUUGCACAAGUUCUCAAAUAAAUAAUUAAAAACUUGACGAAGCUGGCGACGUCCUUGCCGAUGUUACAAUAAUAACAAUCAUUAUAAUAAAUCGGAGAUAAAAAGCGUGUUUAUUGUCACCAUUACUUGGAGACUGGUGAACAGAGGUUGGAGGAGACUGGCCAUAUUAUCGAGCCAGUUCACUUUUUCUACCCUUCUUAAUUUCAAUGGUAAGUGUCACCUUUUUCCGUUUUCACUGCCUGCACUAACCUUCUUGGGACCCAUGUUGAUUUCUCUCACAAGAAAAUCUGUCGUGCGUCUGUCUUGCGGGAAAACAACGAAAAUGCAAUGCUGUCGUAAAUCGUAUUUCGAGCAUGUUGGGACAAAUGAGGAGUCAAAUUUUACGUUGGAUGUUGAAAGGAUCGUAUGUGAAUAUGAGCGUAUGUCGAGGUACCACUGCAUAUACUGUAUAUAUAUAUAUAUAUAUAUACUGUAUAUAUAUAUAAUUAUGGCGGAAAACACAGAUAAGACUGAAAAAGCGGUUUCUGCUCUUGCAAACAUCUUUAAAAGAAACCGCUGAAUUUUAAGCCAAAACAACUGUUGUUUGAUAGAACAAUAUGUCGAUAUGCCGCCUUAGCAGAUUCAUGGCGCAUUAAGCCCCCGAACUAUUUUUCAUUUGUCCGUUUUACCCUGGAAACCCCCGUUUACAGAUGUCGCGCAACCUCUUUUCUUUAGACCCAGCCAUAAAACGAAGGUAAUUAAUUAUAUUUAUUACUCAAAAUGUCUGUCAUUUUUAGCUCAGCAUCAUUAAUUGAUGGCUAAUAUUUCAUUUUAAAAAAUAUAUAUAAAAAUUAUUCACUCGCAUAUUUUAAACUUUUAAACAAAAUACGUCACAAUGAAAAAAAUGGUGUCUAGAAAAAAGUCACGGAUAUCUACCUCAUAACUAUCGCUUAUUGUAUUUUUUUGUUGUUGUCACAUUUUCCCCAAUACUAUAGAUGAUAAAUAAUUGAUCCAAACAAAGGAAAAAUUGGAAAAAAAAAAGGGGGGGAAAAACGGUCUAAAAGGGAAAAUAUGUGAAAAUGAAAAUCUCGACCACUCCUCAAUGUCUGCGAUUUCUGCAUCGCGACUCUUAUUAUAUUACCAUGUGUCACCCAUAAAUCCCCCCAAAAUCCGGCUGUGGCCAUUCACAGAAAAAUUUUUCUUUGCCACAAAUUUGAGAUUUUAAGCUUUCCAAUGAUGUCUCACAUGUGCAUAUCGGACAGUUUUGAAAUUUGGCCAAAUUGCGGGUCUCAGAGCAGAACUCCUGUGUCCUCCUCACCUGUGUCUUUUCCGCCAUAUAUAUAUAUUUUUUUUUUCACUAAUGAUCAUUAUUUUUAGAAAAUACAAUUAUAAAUAAAAUACAAAUAUAAAUGAAUAAAAUGAUUAUAAAAAAACAAAAAAUAAAAAACAAAAAAUACAAUGUUUAUAGGCCCCAACCACACUCAAAAGUUGUUUUUUAAUCAUUUAUGAUACAUAAUGCCCCAUAAAGGGUUAAGCUUGAUUCAUCCUCAGACAUUUGUGGUGGUAUAAAGUGAAGUCGACACAGAGGCAGCGACUCAAAAAGUCUUGAAACAAACAAAACAAUCGCUUGAAGGGUCUCAGCCAUCCUGCUCUUUUCCCUUUUCGCAGCCAACCGUCGUAGCCAUGGCAGCAUUGUUGCCUAGGUUACAUACCAUGGCAAUCCCAUUCCUGUGCUCGAGGGCAACAGAUGCCGACACACAACUGACUUUUCUCAAAGCUCACGUGCAUGAGCGAAUGUCAGAUCAGAGGUGCAGGCCGGUGUGACCCAGGUAAACAUCCAUUUCCACAGCAUCACGCUUUUGAACAAUCGUACAAGGAAAAAAAUGCAGAUCCGGCAAUUUUUAAGGUGUUUGCCACAGAGAUACAAUAUACAUGUUGCAAUUUUAGGACGAUUAGGAUGUACUACAAAACAAAAAGGGCAAAAUGUUUACAAAGAUAUUUUAAGUACAUGUUACUGAAGGAUAUACAGUAGAUUUUUGGAUUUAUAAGAGCUAAAAUUAUCGUGUGCUGCAUAAAGGCUAAAACCCUUCAGCAGGGACACAUUGUAUGCAUCAAUUUUAAAACUGAACUUUUUUUUUUUUUUUUUACAUCAAGUAUGUUGUAAUUUGAGUUUUGUACCAAGUUGUACUGGCGCUUGCACUGUGCUUAAAUGUUGUGAGAAAGGCCAUGCUCAGUACUGCUGUGGAUCACUUGUCUUAGCAGCACAUUAAAGCUCGUGCGUGGAGGAAACGCAAAGUGACAACUCACGUGGACACGGGACACCAUGUAACAUUGCACUUGGGGUCUUUUGCACUGAUUGGUUCAUGGUGUCUUACACCUGCUCGAAUGUUGUUUUUUAACGUGACAACCCAAAGAAGUUGAGGGGAGCCAUUAAGAGGAAGAUGAGACUCAUGGCUAAAUUACUAAAUAAUGCACCAGUUUAAUUAAGAAGCUAUUGAUUUUUUUUGGUUGAAAUAUACUAGUGGUGAUAUAAAGGAGCGCUGAUGUCUUUUGUAACAAGUUGCUGGGAAGAAAUCUGCUAUUUUGGGGCAUUAAUUGCCCUUUUGUCUGUUUUCACUGAACGUCAGGGACUGCAAUUCAAAGAGCUAUAUUUUUAAUAUCGUUAAUUCAAGGAGAAGGUGCAUUGAUCUGGCUGUGCUCUUUUAGCUAUGCAACAAUUUUUUUGUUUAAUGCCCCGCCUGUUGAACAGGUGCAUCUUGUACACUAUGCAGUGUAACUAACCAUGCAGGUUUUUUGUAAGGGCAGAUCAUUUUGUGAAGUCCCCAUAUUACAUGUGUCAAGUGUCCACGGUGUUUGUCAUUCUUCAGUCUGCUCUCGCAGGGUGUCACCAGCAGGAGAACUAAAGUGUCUGCAGUGCAAUUAUGAACAGCGCUACAUUUUAGAACUUUUAACUCAAUGGCUGCCAUUGACGACGAUAGACGUCCAAUCCAUUUGAACUGGGAGGCUGGCAGCGAAUGAACAUAGCCUCUCAGUUCAAACGGAUUGGACAUCUUCUACACUGCAAAAACACACCUCUUUAAAACUAGUUAAAUUCCCUUGUUUUCAGUGUAAAUCUUCUAGAAAUAAGUGAAAUUAUCUGCCAGAGCUUCAAGUAAAUUUUACUCAGAUUUCUUGAAAUAAGAAAAAUAGCUUACCGGUACUGAAAAUAAGUAAAACUUAUUUUAAGCAAUAAAUGUAUACUGUAUUUUUCGAAAUAUAAAUUGCACCUGAGUGUAAGUCGCACCAGCUAUUAAUUGCUCAACGCAGAGGAAAAAAACAUAAGUCGCACCGGAGUAUAAGUCGCAUUUUGGGGGGAAAUUUACUUGAUAAAAUCCAACACAUAGAUCAGAUAUGUCAUCUUGAGAGGCAAUUUAAAAUAAAAAUACAAUAGUGAACAACAUGCUGAACAAGUGUAUAGUAUGAUAAUGUUACAUGAUGCAUGAACAACGAAAUGCGAACGUGGCCGGUAUGUUAAUGUAACAUAGCUGAACUCUUAAUGAGUUAUUCAGAUAACUAUAGCAUAAAGAACAUGGUAACAAGUUUACCAAGCCAUCAGUGUCACUCCACCAAAAUAACAUGUGACAUGAUAUAAUAAUGUGUUAAUAAUUUCAUACAUAAGUUGCCCCAGAGUAUAAGUCACAUCCCCACCCAAACUAUGAAAAAAAACUGAUUUAUAGUCUGAAAAAGACGGUAUAUUUGAUCUUAAAAAGGCAGAUAUUAGAUUACUAUUAUUAAUAGAUAUUGUUCAAUUAGAACAAAUAGUAAUAUUUAAAGGAAUAAUGUGAUGCAUUAAUCUGUUAACUACACUGAAAAUUUGUAAUGUUUUAAUCAGAUUAUCUUAAAUCUAGUCAAAUAAUUUUCUCAAUCUUAUUUUGAGUGUUUAGGACUAGGUAACAGACUAAUGCGUCAGAUUAUGUGUCUGACUUUAAGUAAAUAUUACUUAUUGUUCUUAUUAAGGCCAUACAUCUAAAAGUAAGUCAUUUUUCACCUAAAUCAAGAAAAUGCUUUCAAAUAUUGUUUUUUAAAUACAAUAUUUGUUUUAAUUCAGAGCAUUUUUGAUGAGCUUUAAAAAAAUAAAUAA